GGCAGUUCCUCCUCCGCUUCGUUACUCGAUUGCACACGCGGCCCGGCCCUCGGCCCUCGAUUGCUCGGGCCUAUCACCCUGGGAUGCCGCCUGCCGCCGCCGCGGCUGCCGGGCUUGUGGGAUCGGUGGCGGAGCCGGAGCCGCGGCGGGAGCUGUGGCCUGAGAGUUAGGGGGGCGGGCCGGCUCAUUCCUGGGGUGGGGGCCGAGGACUGGCGGGCGAGAACCCGGGGCCACCGCCCCCCUUCCUUGAGGGAGCGGACACUCCGAGCCUCUGAGGCAGCGGCGGCGGGAGCCGGUCAAAGGGGGCGGCCCCUGGCGGCGACGCCCCCAGCCCUGCCCUGCCCUGCCCGGCCCCACUCCAUCCCCAGCCCCAGCCCGAUCUAGCCGCGAGAGACGCCGGCGGGGGUUGAGGAAGGCGGCUCCGCGGGGCCCGCCCGCCCCUCCCGGGUCCUUCCACGUCCCCUCCCGGGAGGGACCCACACCUGAGCCCGGACCCACCCCCGGCCGGGGCCACGCUGGAUCCGCCUCCCGGCCUGGGUCCCGCCCGCCGGCUGCAGGUGGGCUGCGGCGCCGGAGCCGCGGGCAGUGGGCGGCGGGGAAGGAGGUGAGCCGCGUCCGUGCCGGCUGACGCUCCGGUCCUUGCCCCCGCCGCUGCGCUCUCCUCCUCCCUUUCCCGCAGGCAGGGCGCGGAGUCGCGCGCCAGCCCCGCCGCCGCCGCCUUGUCCCUCUGGGGCACCAUGGAGCUCUCCCCGUCGUCCGGAGGAGCCGCGGAGGCGCUGUCCUGGCCGGAGAUGUUCCCAGGACUGGAGUCCGACUCGCCGCUACCCCCGGAGGAGCUGGAAGCGGUUGUCCCAGUCGGUGGGGCCGUGGCUGGUGGCAUGUUGGAUCGGAUCCUUCUGGAGUCCGUGUGCCAGCAACAGAGCUGGGUCCGGGUGUACGAUGUCAAGGGGCCACCUACCCACCGUCUGUCUUGUGGCCAGUCACCCUACACAGAGACCACAACAUGGGAGCGGAAGUAUUGCAUCCUCACAGACAGCCAGUUGGUGUUGCUCAACAAGGAGAAGGAGAUACCUGUGGAGGGAGGACAGGAGCAACAGACAGAUUCCAGCAAAGGGCGAUGCCUGAGGAGAACGGUCAGUGUCCCUUCCGAAGGCCAGUUUCCUGAGUACCCACCAGAGGGCGCCACCAAACUGGAGGUGCCGGCAGAAAGGUCCCCCCGCAGACGGAGUAUCUCAGGGACCAGUACAUCAGAGAAACCCAACUCCAUGGACACUGUAAAUACCUCACCCUUCAAAGUACCAGGGUUCUUCAGCAAGCGCCUGAAAGGCUCCAUCAAGAGGACCAAAAGCCAAUCAAAACUUGACAGAAACACUAGCUUUCGGCUUCCAUCCCUUCGUAACGCAGAUGACAGGGCUCGUGGUCUGCCUAAACUAAAAGAGUCACGUUCCCAUGAGUCCUUGCUGAGCCCUUGCAGUGCAGUGGAAUGUCUGGAUCUUGGCAGAGGAGAGCCUGUAUCAGUGAAACCUCUCCAUAGUAGCGUCCUUGGACAAGACUUCUGCUUUGAGGUUACGUACUUAAGUGGAAGUAAAUGCUUCAGCUGUAACUCUGCUUCAGAGAGAGAUAAGUGGAUGGAAAACCUUCGUAGGACAGUUCAGCCAAAUAAGGACAAUUGCAGACGAGCUGAAAAUGUUCUUCGUUUAUGGAUCAUUGAAGCCAAGGACCUUGCCCCUAAAAAGAAAUAUUUCUGUGAACUGUGCCUUGAUGAUACCCUCUUUGCUCGUACAACCAGCAAGACCAAAGCAGAUAAUAUUUUCUGGGGUGAACAUUUUGAAUUCUACAGCCUUCCACCUCUUCAUAGCAUCACAGUUCACAUUUAUAAAGAUGUGGAAAAAAAGAAGAAAAAAGACAAGAAUAAUUAUGUAGGGCUAGUCAACAUUCCCACUGCCAGUGUGACCGGUCGCCAAUUUGUAGAAAAGUGGUAUCCAGUGAGUACCCCUACACCCAACAAAGGAAAGACAGGAGGACCUUCUAUUCGGAUUAAAUCACGUUUCCAAACUAUCACCAUUCUGCCUAUGGAGCAAUACAAAGAAUUUGCAGAAUUUGUCACCAGCAACUACACCAUGCUGUGUUCUGUCCUUGAACCAGUAAUUAGUGUGAGAAAUAAGGAGGAGUUGGCCUGUGCCUUAGUGCACAUUCUUCAGAGUACUGGUAGAGCCAAGGAUUUUCUCACCGACUUGGUGAUGUCUGAGGUGGAUCGCUGUGGAGAGCAUGACGUCUUGAUCUUCAGAGAGAACACCAUUGCCACCAAAUCCAUUGAGGAAUACCUUAAGUUGGUGGGACAACAGUAUCUUCAUGACGCAUUGGGGGAGUUCAUCAAAGCUUUGUAUGAGUCAGAUGAGAACUGCGAAGUGGACCCCAGCAAGUGUUCCUCUAGUGAACUGAUAGACCAUCAGAGCAACCUGAAGAUGUGCUGUGAGCUGGCUUUCUGCAAGAUCAUCAACUCCUACUGUGUUUUCCCUCGUGAGUUGAAAGAAGUGUUUGCAUCUUGGAAGCAGCAGUGCCUGAACCGCGGCAAGCAGGACAUCAGUGAGCGGCUCAUCAGUGCCUCAUUGUUCCUCCGUUUCCUGUGCCCCGCCAUCAUGUCUCCCAGUCUCUUCAACCUUAUGCAGGAGUAUCCUGAUGACCGCACAUCUCGCACCCUAACUCUGAUUGCCAAGGUCAUUCAGAACCUGGCUAACUUUGCCAAAUUUGGUAACAAAGAAGAAUACAUGGCAUUCAUGAAUGAUUUUUUAGAGCAUGAAUGGGGUGGAAUGAAGCGCUUUCUUUUGGAGAUCUCUAAUCCAGACACCAUCUCAAACACCCCAGGCUUUGAUGGUUACAUUGAUCUGGGCCGAGAGCUUUCAGUUUUGCAUUCCUUACUGUGGGAAGUAGUUUCCCAACUUGAUAAGGGUGAAAAUUCCUUCCUACAGGCAACCGUGGCAAAAUUGGGACCUCUGCCUCGAGUUCUUGCUGAUAUUACCAAGUCUCUGACUAAUCCUACACCAAUACAACAGCAACUGAGACGCUUCACUGAGCAUAACUCCAGUCCAAAUGUCAGUGGAAGCCUCUCCUCUGGGCUGCAGAAAAUAUUUGAAGACCCCACUGACAGUGAUUUGCAUAAGCUAAAAUCUCCAAGCCAGGACAACACAGAUAGCUAUUUCAGAGGGAAAACAUUAUUGCUAGUUCAGCAAACCUCCUCCCAGAGCAUGACUUACUCUGAAAAGGAUGAAAAGGAAAGUAGCCUUCCUAACGGUCGGAGCAUCUCCCUCAUGGACCUUCAGGACCCUCACGCUGCUCAAGUGGAGCAUGCAUCUGUCAUGCUUGAUGUGCCUAUGCGCUUAACUGGAAGCCAGCUUUCCAUCACCCAGGUGGCCAGCAUCAAACAACUGCGGGAAACCCAGAGCACCCCCCAGAGUGCACCCCAAGUGAGAAGGCCCCUGCACCCAGCCUUGAACCAGCCAGGCAGCCUCCAGCCCUUGUCAUUCCAGAACCCUGUCUAUCACCUCAAUAACCCAAUUCCAGCAAUGCCAAAGGCCUCUGUGGAUUCCAGUUUGGAGAAUCUAAGCACUGCCAGUUCCAGAAGCCAAAGUAACAGCGAAGAUUUCAAACUCAGCGGGCCCAGCAAUAGCAGCAUGGAAGACUUCACCAAACGCAGCACCCAGAGCGAGGAUUUCUCGAGGCGGCGCACUGUGCCGGACAGACACAUACCUCUUGCUCUGCCACGGCAGAGUAGUACCGGGCAGGCCCCCAUCCGGAAGAUGGACCAGGCUGGGUUAGGUGCCCGAGCCAAAGCCCCGCCGUCCCUGCCGCACAGCGCUUCCUUACGGAGCACAGGGAGCAUGUCGGUGGCGUCUGCGGCGCUGGUGGCCGAACCUCUGCAGAACGGGAGCCGGUCCCGGCAGCAGUCCUCCUCAUCUAGAGAGAGCCCCGUGCCCAAAGUGAGAGCGAUCCAGAGACAACAGACACAGCAGGUGCAGUCCCCUGUGGACUCUGCCACAAUGUCCCCAGUAGAGAGGACAGCAGCCUGGGUGCUGAACAAUGGGCAGUAUGAAGAGGAUGUGGAAGAGACUGAGCAAAAUCAAGAUGAAUCCAAGCAUGCUGAGAAGUAUGAGCAGGAAAUCACGAAGCUGAAGGAGCGCCUGCGCGUGUCCAGCCGGCGGCUGGAGGAAUAUGAACGCCGCUUGCUGGUGCAGGAACAGCAGAUGCAGAAGCUGCUGCUGGAGUACAAGGCCAGGCUGGAGGACAGCGAGGAGCGCUUGCGCAGGCAGCAGGAGGAGAAGGACAGCCAGAUGAAGAGCAUCAUCAGCAGGCUGAUGGCUGUGGAAGAGGAACUGAAGAAGGAUCAUGCUGAGAUGCAAGCAGUUAUUGAUGCAAAGCAAAAAAUAAUCGAUGCACAGGUCAUAAAUGGAGAUGAGAUUAUUCAAACAGGAAAAGCGGAUCGUGUCCCUGGAUUCGGCCAACACCAGACUGAUGAGCGCGCUGACGCAAGUGAAGGAGCGGUACAGCAUGCAGGUCCGCAAUGGCAUCUCCCCCACCAACCCCACCAAGCUUUCCAUCACGGAGAAUGGUGAAUUCAAAAACAGCAGCUGCUGACGGCCUUUGUGACCACACAGACUGUGGGAGGAGACAGAAGGAAAUGUCCCCGCUCUCCUGGCCCCAGCCCUCUCCCCGACUCCCCCAGGUUUACAGAAUGUUGCUACUUCCGAACAGCAGAGUGGCGAGACACUCUCAAAUGAAGAAAGGAACCUUGUCUUUCAGGGCAUAAGGCUAAGACUUCCAAGGUCGAUGCUUUCCCCCCAUGUCUCUAUGUACAUAGGGAACUUAGUUCUGGGCCAUGUACAGAAAAUACCACUGUAAUAUACCAAAAGGAAGUGAAUAAUGUAGAUUACCUUUUUAAUUAUUACUAUUUUUAUUAUUGUUUUCCUCUUGUUGAGAGCACUGCGGUUGUUAGAGGAGGAAAAAGUAGGAACGACAUGUGAGUGAGAGAUGAGCCCGCGGGCUCGGUAGAUAGAGACCAAGUGUCUAUCGGAUAGAAGCACGUGGAGUGCAAUAGGACAUCGUCAGAAUGAAUUUUUCAGGGAUUCAUCUGCCAGUCUAAAAACCCCACUCUGGCCCCCUUGUCCUUUAGGAGAACAUGCAAAUACCAAGAACCAACCAAAACAAUCGAUCCCAUUGAUCAACCAAGACUGGUUCUGAAUGGACAGCUAAUGUGAUUUGGGGAUACACUGUUUCAGAAGACACAGAUAAGAGUUGUUGCAUCUAAACUGGACUUUAGGAGUGGUUUCUAUUGAACUCCUGUUGAUGUUCAUUUCCUUCUGUCUAGAGCAGAUGGGAAUUUUCCAUUUUAGAUAGGGGGCUUUUUUUAACCCCAGUUGUAAUAAAGGGUGUUCUUUUUCCUCUUUAGAGUUUACAGAACUAUAAAUAUUUGUGUCUCUGCAUACCAUCUUCAUCUCCACACACCCACUGCCCUUUCCAAACCCCUGGUGGGAGCAGUCUUCACCAACAGGGUUCACUCUCCCCUGGAGAGGUUGUUCAAAUAUGCUGUCCAUAAGCCAUCCAAAAUAAACACCCUUUCUUCCACACAGAAAAGGGCUAACCAUACCAUUAGCAGGAAUCUCUGAAUAUUUCCUAUUAAAAAAAAAAAAAAACAACUUUUCUAUUUGUAACUUACAAUUUUUGUUUGGGAUAAAGAUUUUAUCCAUUGUACUAGUAAAUCUCUGGGCAGGGUAAUUUUAUCUCAGUCUUUAGCUUUGAAAUGGCUUCUUCUUCUAAUUCCCUCACUAAAAUUUAGAAAGGAAAUCCAGAAGUCACGAUUCUGCUUAUAAACGAAGAAAACUAAAAGUGCAAGGACCAUGCGUUCCAGUCAUUACUCCCAUGUUCUUCAUAGAUUUGGCAAUAAUCACUCCAUUUCACCAACUGUCAUCCUUGGCUUUAUUGUAGGACAGAAACAGUCAUGGAAGCUAAUUUACUUCCUUUUUUCCAGAGGUGUGAAAUGUCAACUUGAAUGCAAACUUGAUUAUCAGAAGUAUGGAAUGUUAUGUGUUAAAACAGACAUUAUAUAUACAAAUAUAUAUAUACAUAUAUACUCACACAUAUGUACAUAAAACUGCACAAAUAGGAAAAGUUCAUGCCUUCUCUGCUGUCAGAUAUAACGUUAAAAGGGUUUUGAAUCUCUUUAAACAAGAUCUAAGCAGCUCUUUAUCCUGAGAAAGCAACAACAUUUCUCAAAUAAGUUAAGGAUGUUUAUUUUAAAUUAUAAACUUUAAGGAAAUUUUUAAAAAAGAAAAGGAAAAAGGGAGAGGGAAAAAACAAAGACCCGAGGGAGCCCUAUGCACGGAGUGAGUGUUUCUACCGAAGAGAGCAUUAUAAGGAAACAGGAGGACAUUUAUCGGGUCCUCUGCUGGGUGAGGCCCAGCCUCGACAUCUGUGAAUAGCCUCCCUCUCGAGGCACCCCCCGGCUUUCGCUUGGACCUCUUGAGCCCUGCCCUCUCCCAGUUGGAUCUCUGUGUUGGACCUUGCAUCUCAGCAACCUCCCAACAGCCCCAACCCACCUUUUAAAACAUUUCUGUUCAUAAUCUUCUCGUCUCUGCCGGUCAGAGCUGUAAAUUAGGGCUAUUCCUCCUACUUAUCUGAUCUACGGUUUUCAUGCCCUCGGAUUUUGGGCACUUGGUUCAUUUCUUGACCCCUGGUAGUUGUUUUACAAAUUCUUACCUCCU